AUGGCUCCCUCUGCUUCACUUGUUCUGAAACUCAAAGAUGUUUUCAGUCUAACAAACCUCUCAGUUCUCCUGUUGAACAACAACUGCAUCACCGCUGUGCCCACAGAGCCAUUGAGUCUCUCAUCUCUGGCUGUGCUGAAUUUGGGAAAUGCUUUGAAGAAGGUCCCUGGUGUGUUGUGCUAUCUGACGUCCUUGAAGAAACUUUGUCUCAACCAAAUUACAGUUGCGCCACCUGCUACAGGAAACCUUGUUGUGUUCAAUCUGAACCACGACCAGAUUCGAGGACUUCCACCACAAAUGCAAACCUGUCUUUUCAUUAGUUUGAGGAGGCUUCAACAUCUCAGUGUGCUGGACAGUGAGCUGAAGGAGAUCCCUGAUGAGUUGGGCCACCAGUUGUCUGAGCUAAACUUGAAUGACAAUAAUUUGUCCUGGGUGCCUCAGCAGCUGUACCAGUGUAAAGAACCAACCAAGCUGCAUGUAGCCAAUAACAAGCUGACCAGCCUACCAGAGGGAAUCAGGGCACUGACAAAACUCCAAGUUCUAGAUGUGGCUGGGAACAAGAUGACUCGAAGGAUCUGCCAUGAAGACCCUGGUGCCAGACACCAUGGGGCAUCCCCUGACUUCCUGUGUCCAUACCUUGACAUGUCAGAGCUAUGUCCAAUCCGUAGAGGCCCCACCAUGGAUGGGUCUGGGGAACUGGCUGCCAGAUUUGUCUCGCGGAAAGACAGGAACAGUUCCUCUCUGGUCCACAAGAUGUUUCCCCACUUCCCAUACCUGACUACCCAGUUGGCCCAUUGCAGCUAUUGGAUAUAG